AUGGCUCAUAUGAUAGAUCUGAAAGUCUCCUCAUCUAUUCAUCAGAAGAGACGUUUUGUAUCAGCUGAUAUUGGAGAAAAUGUGACUCUGCAAUGUUUCUAUAAAGAGGGCGCUACUGUCAGUGUAAAGGGUUCAAGAUUGAAUGUCCAAGCUUCAGUCCAUCAGUCAGCAUCUGAGACCAUCCAGCCAGGAGGCUCUGUGACUCUGAACUGUACAGUACACACUGGGACCUGUGAUGGAGAACACAGUGUUUACUGGUUCAAAAACUCUGAAGAAUCUCAUCUAGGACUCAUUUACACCCAUGGAGGCAGGAACGAUCAGUGUGAGAGGAAAUCCAGCACACAAACACACACCUGUGUCUACAAUUUGCCACUGGAGAGCCUGAAUCCUUCUCAUGCUGGGACCUACUACUGUGCUGUUGCCUCAUGUGGACACAUACUGUUUGGAAACGGGACCACACUGGACUUUGAAGAUCAGGUGGAUUCUCUUGUCUUGGUGUAUUUCUUGAGUGGAGCUUUGAUAUUCACUACCAUCCUGAUUGUUCUACUGGUUAUCUUAGUAAUUAAGAAAAACAACUGCCAAUGUACAGAGUCUCAAGCAAGAUUAUCGGCUCCUUCCACAACAACUGCAGAGGGUUACCGAGAUGCAGACAGCCUCCAUUAUGCUGCUUUAAAUGUUAACCUGCCCAACAGAUCAAGAAGACAGAGGAACAACACCAACAGUGAAUGUGUGUACUCCAGUGUGAAGCAAUAAAAUUGAUUUUGUGGUA